AUGGCAGUAGAGCUAAGGUAUGCUCCACCGAACGCUGCUCUAAAGUCUGAUAAUGCUGAUCCGAGUUUGGAUGCCUGGCAUGGUGCACGCAAAUGGAGCCUUGCUGCCAUGGAAACGGACGUGGGUUUCACAACUCGCAGCCAGUAUGAAGAGUGUGGACUAGAAUAUCUUGUGGAAAACGAAAUCAGCAAUCGUUUCUAUGCCAACACUCGUGAUCUUGAGCUGAACCCGAAGUUUACCUCUGGCAGAGGUCGGCAACCCACCAUGAUGAAUUAA